UUUCAGUAGUAGCCUCGGCAUCUCCGUAGCCCGUAAUCAUUUACAACAGAACAGCGCACGUGGAGAACAAACUGCUGCACCGAAUAAACACGCAUCUGUGUUGACAUUUCAGCACAGCGUUCAUAUUCGCCCAGUUCGGAUACAUUUAUGUACACUUUCUGAUUAUUUGCACCAGAGCAAAUGUUACCAGAGGUAUUUUCGACAAGUUUUUCAAAAGACUCGUAAGGAAUAAAAGUCAAGCCGCACCAAAAGACUGUUGAGCAUGUGCUUGGUACAACACUUACACUUUUAAAUUGGGACCCCUCUCCCGCGAAUUUAUAAGUCGAGCCAUUGUAAGUAUGGUGGAUAAAGGUCCUCUAUUGACUUCUGCGAUCAUUUUUUAUCUGUCCAUCGGGGCAGCAAUAUUCCAAGUUCUCGAGGAACCGAAUUGGAAACUUGCUGCAAAACAGUACAAUGCACAAAGGGAUAAAAUACUAGAAGACUACCCCUGUCUCACCAAAGAUGACUUGGACAAGAUUUUGGAGGUGGUGUCGGAUGCUGCUGGACAAGGUGUCACCAUCACUGGCAGCAAGACUUUCAACAACUGGAACUGGCCCAAUGCUGUCAUCUUUGCUGCUACUGUCAUCACAACUAUAGGUUAUGGCAACAUUGCCCCCAAAACGUCAGCAGGACGGGUGUUCUGCAUCUUCUAUGGGCUCUUCGGGGUGCCACUCUGUCUUACCUGGAUCAGUGAGCUGGGGAAGUUCUUUGGAGGCAGGGCCAAGCACCUGGGUCAGUACCUUACCAAGAGAGGGGUUUCACUGCGAAAGGCCCAGUUCACUUGCACAGCCAUCUUUGUCCUUUGGGGUGUACUGGUCCAUCUGGUAAUACCCCCAUUUGUAUUUAUGUCUCAAGAGGGUUGGACCUAUGUGGAGGGCUUGUACUUUUCCUUUGUCACCUUGACCACGAUUGGCUUUGGUGACCUUGUAGCAGGCGUGGAUCCAAAUGCAGACUACCCCACUCUGUACCGUUACUUUGUGGAGGUGUGGAUUUACCUGGGUCUGGCCUGGCUCUCCCUGUUUUUCAACUGGAAGGUGCGCAUGGUCGUGGAGGCCCACAAGGCUCUGAAGAAACGUCGCAAGCGGCGCAAGCUCUCCCUUAACGAGCUGAGGAAUUACAAGGAGAGCCACAAGCCCCUCUACCUGCCGCCCACCGCCAACGACGUCAACAUCUUCAGCUUCCUGUCCAAGAAGCAAGAAGGCUACAACGACCUCAUCAAACAGAUUGGUGUCAAGAAAGAUGGUGGCGGGGACCACUGUGAUGGUAAUGAUGCCAGUAACAAGGCCAAGGAGGCGAACCGCUCCCAGAGCUGCAUCGACACGGUUACCUGCAACGGCAACACUAUUCUCAGCCUGGACCGCUCACCGCGGCAGAAGCGGCGCUACAGCUUCAGUGACCGCGUCACAGUGGCCUUCUCAAAGUCCAAGAACUACCUCCUGGGCUCGGAGAACGGGAUGCUGCUCACAGAGGACCAUGGUGAGGGUGAUUUGGACGGGGACCAGGAGAGGAUGUACGAGAACCAACUGGACAAAGAGGUGGACCAUGAGAGCGGAGGUGGCAGCCUGGGCGGUGGUGGAGGUUGCGGUAUGGGUGGUCGACGGCUGUGGGACUCCAAAGAGUACCAGUCCCUGAUCUUCCAGAAUGCGAAUAUCACUUUUAUUGACGAGGAGAACAUCCUCAACAACAACCUGGAGGAUGAGGACGAUGAUGCUAAAGCCAAGCUGUCAAUCACCACGUGCGACGAAAAUGUAGAGUCGGAGACUGACUCCAAAGAGGAGCAGGGCUCUGAAUCAGAAGAGUCCGUGUUCACCAGCGAUGGAUCAGAACAUGACCACUCUUAUGAGAAGCUUGUGGAGGAAUAUUCAAAGGAGGACAACACAGAGUCCUGAGGAACUGAACUGGUCUUGACUGAACUCAACUUGGAAUAAUCCCUCAUUUGUCAUCGCUAUGACAAAACAUUUUUUUACAAUUUAAGGCAUAGCCACAUUCUCGUUGAACUUGGAUCUAAUGAAGGAGAAAUAUUUUAAUAUUCUGUUAAUAUCAAAGACUGUGAAAUGAACAUUACAGGUUUUAUGUCUAUCACUCUGGUGCAUUUUUUCAGAUGUAAGUGCCCGUGUCUUAUGUUAAAAACCUUUCAUUGGAGUUGAACACAUCUUUCAUCUCUGAGUCUUUCAUACAAUUUUUUCUCAAAUACCAUGAGAACAUUUUGCUUAGUCAAUACAUCAGAUAAUAACAGGCUCACCAUUUAGUCAUUUUAACUAACGUUUAUUGCGAUAGCAGAAAAUACAUUAUACAAUUUUCAAAACGGAUCUUUUUGAAGUGCUGAAUCUAAGGAAUAAUUGAUCGUAUUGAAGAAUACUGGCUGAUGAAGGAUGACAAUGGACAAUGUAGUAACUAGGCACUAUACACUUCUGUUUCAGUAGUCUUCAGUUUUGAGCAUGUUAAUUCGGUUAUAGUUAAAUUAAGAAAUUACAAGAUAAUCAUAUAAAAAGUAAUGAAAAGCAGAUACUUGGAGUGGACAAGUGACUGUGAAUUUGUUUGUAAAAGCACUUAGUUUUGAAACAGCCAUUUUGAUUAAAUGUUUAGAUUUUUGUGCGAAGAAUUGUGAAAGUGUAAUAGACGCUUUUGAAAAUUGCACCAGAGUGAUUGAAAAAGACGAACAGUCUUCCCUCAAACGAUCAAAUAAUGUGUCUAUAUUAAACAAUGAGUUUAUGAACUUAUUAACUCCUACUAAAUGGAGUGACUUAUAAAGUUGUCCUACAUUAAUUCACUACUGUUUUCAGAAGAUAUGGUCGUUUAACAUUUGUUUGAAACAAGAUUGAGUUUUUCAAUCAAUUUGAGAUGUUGAUAUGAAAUAGCAAGGGUGAAUACAUUUUUCAGAGGAUUGCUCCUUACUUCUUUGAUUUAUAUUCACCAUAUUGGUGUUUUUUUGUGAUAUUUAUACAAUGAAGGAAAAUGCAGCCCUUUUGUUAAAGGGGCAAUCCACAGUUGCCACAUACAUUUUUGGACUUAUACAUUAUUGAUAUACACUGAGUGUACAGAACAUUAGGAACACCUUCCUAAUUUUGAGUUGCACCCCUUUUCGCUCUCAGAACAGCCUCAAUUCGUCAGGGCACUACAAGGUGUCGAAAGCGUUCCACAGGGAUGCUGGCCCAUGUUGACUCCAAUGCUUGCCACAGUUGUCAAGUUGGCUGGAUGUCCUUUGGAUGGUGGACCAUUCUUUAUACACAUGGGAAACUGUUGAAGCCCAGCAGCGUUGCAGUUCUUGACACACUCAAACCGGUGCGCUUGGCACCUACUACCAUACACAGUUCAAAGGCACUUAAAUACACUGCUCAAAAAAUAAAGGGAACACAAAAAUAACACAUCCUAGAUCUGAAUGAAUGAAAUAUUUUUAUUAAAUACUUUUUUCUUUACAUAGUUGAAUGUGCUGACAACAAAAUCACACAAAAAUUAUCAAUUAGAAAUCAAAUGUAUCAACCCAUGGAGGUCUGGAUUUGGAGUCACACAAAAUUAAAGUAGAAAACCACACUACAGACUGAUCCAACUUUGAUGUAAUGUCCUUAAAACAUCCCUACAACGCCUGGGCAUGCUCCUGAUGAGGUGGCGGAUGGUCUCCUGAGGGAUCUCCUCCCAGACCUGGACUAAAGCAUCCGCCAACUCCUGAACAGUCUGUGGUGCACCAACGUCAUGUUGGUGGAUGGAGCGAGACAUGAUGUCCCAGAUGUGCUCAAUUGGAUUCAGGUCUGGGGAAUGUGCGGGCCAGUCCAUAGCAUCAAUGCCUUCCUCUGGCAGGAACUGCUGACACACUCCAGCCACAUGAGGUCUAGCAUUGUCUUGCAUUAGGAGGAACCCAGGGCCAACCGCACCAGCAUAUGGUCUCACAAGGGGUCUGAGGAUCUCAUCUCGGUACCUAAUGGCAGUCAGACUACCUCUGGCGAGCACAUGGAGGGCUGUGCGGCCCCCCAAAGAAAUGCCACCCCACACCAUGACUGACCCACCGCCAAACCAGCUAUGCUGGAGAAUGUUGCAGGCAGCAGAACGUUCUCCACGGCGUCUCCAGACUGUCCGGUCUGUCACGUGCUCAGUGUGAACCUGCUUUCAUCUGUGAAGAGCACAGGGCGCCAUUGGCAAAUUUGCCAAUCUUGGUGUUCUCUGGCAAAUGCCAAACGUCCUGCACGGUGUUUGACUGUAAGCACAACCCCCACCUGUGGACGUCGGGCCCUCAUACCACCCUCAUGGGUGCCUGUAUGACCUCCCUACAACGCCUGGGCAUGCUCCUGAUGAGGUGGCGGAUGAUCUCCUGAGGGAUCUCCUCCCAGACCUGGACUAAAGUAUCCGCCAACUCCUGGACAGUUUGUGGUGCAACGUGGCGUUGGUGGAUGGAGUGAGACAUGAUGUCCCAGAUGUGCUCAAUUGGAUUCAGGUCUGGGGAACGGGCGGGCCAGUCCAAUGCCUCCCUCUUGCAGGAACUGCUGACACACUCCAGCCACCUGAGGUCUAGCAUUUUCUUGCAUUUGGAGGAACCCAGGGCCAACCGCACCAGCACAAGCGGUCUGAGGAUCUCAUCUCGGUACCUAAUGGCAGUCAGGCUACCUCUGGUGAGCACAUGGAGGGCUGUGCGGCCCCCCAAAGAAAUUCCACCCCACACCAUGACUGACCCACCACCAAACCGGUCAUGCUGGAGGAUGUUGCAGGCAGCAGAACGUUCUCCACAGCGUCUCCAGACUCUGUCACGUCUGUCCCAUGCUCAGUGUGAACCUGCUUUCAUCUGUGAAGAGCACAGGGCGCCAGUGGCGAAUUUGCCAAUCUUGAUGUUCGCUGGCAAGUGCCAAACGUCCUGCACGGUGUUGGGCACCGUGGAUGUCGGGCCUUUAUACCACCCUCAUGGAGUCUGUUUCUGACCGUUUGAGCAGACACAUGCACAUUUGUGGCCUGCUGGAGGUAAUUUUGCAGGGCUCUGGCAGUGCUCCUCCUUGCACAAGGGCGGAGGUAGUGGUCCUGCUGCUGGGUUGUUGCCCUCCUACGGCCUCCUCCACGUCUCCUGAUGUACUGGCCUGUCUCCUGGUAGCGCCUCCAUGCUCUGGACACUACGCUGACAGACACAGCAAACCUUCUUGCUACAGCUCGCAUUGAUGUGCCAUCCUGGAUGAGCUGCACUACCUGAGCCACUUGUGUGGGUUGUGGACUCCGUCUCAUUUCACCACUAGAGUGAAAGCACCACCAGCAUUCAAAAAUGACCAAAACAUCAGCCAGGAACGAAGAAGUGGUCUGUAGUCUCCACCUGCAGAACCACUCCUUUAUUGGGGGUGUCUUGCUAAUUGCCUAUAAUUUCCACCUGUUGUCUAUUUCAUUUGCACAACAGCAUGUGAAAUGUAUUGUCAAUCAGUGUUGCUUCCUAAGUGGACAGUUUGACUUCACAGAAGUGUGAUUGACUUGGAGUUACAUUCUGUUGUUUAAUUGUUCCCUUUAUUUUUUUGAGCGGUGUAUUUUGUCUUUCCCAUUCAUCCUCUGAAUGGCACACACAAUCCGUGUCUCAAUUGUCUCAAGGCUUAAAAAUCAUUCCUGAACGUGUCUCCUCCCCUUCAUCUAUGCUGAUUGAAGUGGAUUAAACAGGUGACUUCAAGAAGGGAUCAUGGCUUUCCCCUGGUUUCACCUUGUCAGUCUGUCAUUGAAAGAGCAUGUUUUGUACACAGUGCAUACUCAUUGAUUCUUGAAGAAUAUAACUAUAACAGCUGUCGUACCCCAUCACUAACUUGUUUUACUCUAGUGUUUGUAAACUAUAAAUGUAAACAAACACUUUAGCCUCAAAAACAUGGUUCAAACGAUGUUAUAUCAUGGAUGGUUCGUCCUUGUAUCCAUAGCUCUGCCUAUGAAUUUAAGAGUGGUUACGUUUCUACAUCCCUUCCCUCAGCUUUUUUCCAGAACAGUGGGGGGUUAACUGCUUUGCAACUAUUUGCGUAUUGGCCCACUUUAAUUGCAUACUGGCGUAAAUGUCUCUCAUUGCACAAGUUCAUCAACUGGUGAGUGCAGUGUAAAAUCCAUUUCAAUGCAGAUUAAUGUUGACCACCUUAGCCAAGCCCUUGUCCUUGAAGAGGUUGAGUGGUUUUGCGUGCAAUUUUCCCUCUCCCUUUGUUUUCUUAUCAUUUCUUUGUUUCACUAAGUGAAACCCAUGUUUACUUUUAAUGUCUGAGAUUGAUAUUUUUUUUAACUGCAUUUUUUAGGGGUCAAAUUCUGAACAUGAAUACCAUUUUGAGAGUUUCCUGAACCAAUUAGAUCCAACCUGGAAAGUGAAACUUUGAAGUGUUUUUUUUGGACCAAUGCAGAGUAGACUUGCGUGCAAAAUAGGGAUUAGUGUUCCAUUAGACAUUUCAGCCGAAAGGUGGGAUAUCCAUAAGUGCCCCAUUCAUUGUAUUCAUGUGACGCGUUCUUACACGCUAGUUCUGCGACACGGCACAGAACCACCUUGAGUUUAGAGUCUGGUUUCCUAGUGUAAAGUUUUUUUUUUUUAGUCUCACUUUGUCUCAUGGCUUUUUCUCUGUUAUUAUUUUGUAAAAAUGUUAUGGUCCCUUGCCUCUUUUGAAUGUUGAAUCGGCUCAUUUGAAAUGGUCUUCGUAAGGAAUUUUUCCAGUCACAAUAUUAAUUUUCUCACGUAAUCUCUCCUCCUUUUUAUUUACUGUCUCCCGUUUAAGAGACCUUUCGUAUUUGCCAUGUAAACAUUGGAAAAGUGCCCAUCAGUAGCCACCCGCUCUGCUUUGUCCAGGACAUGGCCUUGCUACCUGUAUUUACUCUUGGGGGCUCGUGCUGGUGUGAAUGCCUGAAAUGUAACUCAUGUGGGCGGUCAAGGUUAACACGUGACAGCGUAAUGCUCCCUUAGCAUAAGGUUAGUCAUGAGACAAGGAGGCAGCAAUGUCAGUGUUCACUGUUUGUUUUCCUCUGUGUUCAUCCACAGCGAUUGCUCCCCCCUCCCCCCGCACAAAAACCUUACUCUGCAAAUUAUAUAAGUGUUGUGCAAUAUUAAGGAUACCCAUACCAUUUGCUCACAACUAGUGUUUUUUCCCCUUCCCAGAAGAUUCAGUUGAGUCUGACAUGUCUUGUUCGUGGACAGAUACCUUUCAUCUUGUUAUUUGCCUGCUAUCCAUAUUGAAUCCACACUCCUCUACAUUCUGACUCUUGAAUGUUGUUUCUAAUGUGCUGAAUACAGCAUGGAUCCGAUAUGGAUACCAGGUGACCUUAUUAGUGCAUAUCUGUACUUUCUUCAUCAGGAAAAAAACUAGUUGCUAAUAUGGCCCCAAUUGUAUUACAAUGGUGUUCAUGAGCAUAAGCGCUUAAUGCUCCAUGGCUGUGUUAGCGUAAUCUUUAGUGUUGCUUACAUUAUCUUAGUGUUUAUUUUUAGAGUGUGUACAUUUUGUGUGCACCGACACCAGAUGUAAAUGUCCUAUCAUCACACUUUCACCAUCUACAGUAAAAUGGUACAUUAUAUUCACAUCUUUCUACAGAACAGGUAUGUGAACUACUGGAAAAUGGUUAGUGUGUUCCAGAAAAUUGUCCAACUGUCUGUUAGAAUUUAACUCUGUACUCGAUCUGAGGCUACACCAGUCACAAAUGGUUUCACCAGACCACUUGAGUGCAGCAUUGUUUUAAUGCAGCUAUGGUACUUUUCUAGAUUCUGAUUAAAUUAAACCGUUUUAAAUGUUUCAACAUUAUCAACAAAGAACAAGUUAUGUUGGUUGGACUAUGUUUUAAGUUUUACUCCUCAUUGCUACUUUGUGUAAAAUGUACUCCAUCUUUUGUUUUUAUUAUUAAAUUAUUGCAAUUUUUAUGAUUGUUUUGUACAUGAAAUCACAGCAACUGUAUAUAUUUCAUUUUGAAUAAACAUUUAUAAAGUG